GGGUUUAAGAUUGGGACCAUGCGCUUCGUGCCAUGAUGCCUCCCCGAUUAGGGUUAGGGUUAGGGUUUGGGCUAGGGCUUCUUCUGAGGAAAGGGAGACCUGUGAGGAGGACAAAGGAUUACUGCUUUAAUUUUCUUCCCUUUCUUCAUCGUCGCUCGGUCUCUCUUGGAGGCUGGCGAGCCUUUUCCAGCUAUUCCGUUGAGCAGUUCUCCGAUGAUGAGUACGAGUGCGAGUUCGAGGAUCAGAAGCCAUCCUCAUCAGUGGCCAACAUAGAUGAGUGGAGGUGGAAACUUAGUUUGCUUUUACGGAAUACUGAAGAACAAGAGAUAAUUUCUAGAGAUAAAAGGGAUCGCCGUGAUUAUGAGCAAAUCUCUAACCUAGCAAAAAGGAUGGGCCUUUACAGUGAGCUUUAUGGGAAGGUAGUAGUUGCCAGCAAAGUACCUUUGCCAAAUUACAGGCCUGAUCUUGAUGACAAGAGGCCACAGAGAGAGGUUGUUAUCCCACUCAGUUUGCAAAGGAGGGUUGAGGGUCUACUGGAAGAAUACCUUGAUAGAUUCCAAUUGACAUUUGGCAAGAGCAGAGGUGAUAUGGGAGCUGAUUCUUCAAUCCAGAAUGUUGAAGAUGUGGGUCCUGAUGAAAACCAGGAAUUCUUUGUUGAUGAUUUAGUCAUGGAAAAGAUUCUUCAGAGAAAGAGUUCUCGAAUGCGUAACUUGCAGAGAAGCUGGCAGGAAUCUCCUGAGGGCAUCAAGAUGCUAAAUUUUAGGAAAUCUCUUCCUGCAUACAAGGAAAAGGAGAAACUGUUGUCAGCGAUUGCACGGAAUCAGGUCGUAGUAAUUUCUGGAGAGACUGGUUGUGGUAAAACUACUCAACUUCCACAAUAUGUCUUAGAAUCUGAAAUAGAGUCUGGUCGUGGGGCUUUCUGUAAUAUUAUAUGUACGCAGCCAAGAAGAAUAUCUGCUAUGGCUGUGUCUGAAAGAGUAUCUGCAGAAAGAGGAGAGAAUUUGGGUGAAUCUGUUGGUUAUAAAGUUCGAUUGGAGGGAAUGAAAGGAAAAAAUACACACCUUCUUUUCUGUACCAGUGGUAUUUUGCUAAGAAGGUUGUUGGGGGAUCGCAAUUUGAAUGGUAUAACACAUGUUUUUGUUGAUGAGAUCCAUGAAAGAGGCAUGAAUGAAGACUUUUUGUUAAUUGUGUUGAAAGAUCUCCUUCCACGCCGUCGUGACUUGAGGUUGAUAUUAAUGAGUGCCACCUUGAAUGCGGAACUUUUUUCAAAUUAUUUUGGUGGGGCUCCCACAAUACAUAUUCCUGGAUUUACUUACCCUGUAAGGGCACAUUUUCUUGAAGAUGUUUUGGAGAAAACUGGAUAUAAGUUGACAUCGUUCAACCAAAUUGAUGAUUAUGGCCAAGAAAAGAUGUGGAAAACACAGAGGCAAUUAAUACCACGGAAGAGAAAGAAUCAAAUAACUGCAUUGGUUGAGGAUGCUCUUAAAAUGUCUAGUUUUAAAAGCUACAGUUCCAGAGCACGUGAUUCUUUGGCUUCUUGGUCACCUGACUGCAUAGGAUUUAAUCUUAUUGAAGCUGUUUUAUGUCACAUAUGUAGGAAGGAACAACCGGGUGCUGUGCUAGUUUUUAUGACUGGCUGGGAUGACAUAAAUUGCUUGAGGGAUCAGCUUAAGGCACAUCCUCUCUUAGGAGAUCCUAAUAGGGUUUUGUUGCUCACAUGUCAUGGCUCUAUGGCUACGUCAGAGCAGAAAUUAAUUUUUGAGAAGCCACCACCUAAUGUACGGAAAAUAGUCCUUGCUACAAACAUGGCUGAGGCAAGCAUCACAAUCAAUGAUAUCGUUUUUGUGGUUGAUUGCGGAAAAGCUAAGGAGACCACGUAUGAUGCUCUGAAUAAUACACCUUGCCUGCUUCCAUCUUGGAUUUCAAAAGCGUCUGCACGGCAAAGAAGAGGCAGGGCUGGUCGUGUCCAACCUGGAGAGUGUUAUCAUCUCUACCCGAAAUGUGUAUAUGAUGCAUUUGCAGAAUACCAGCUUCCUGAGCUUCUGAGAACUCCUUUGAACUCUUUAUGUUUGCAAAUAAAAAGCUUGCAACUUGGCACCAUUGGAGAGUUUUUGUCGGCUGCAUUACAACCUCCAGAACCACGUGCUGUCCAUAAUGCAGUUGAGCUCCUAAAGAUGAUCAGGGCAUUAGAUGAUAAGGAAAACCUUACUAAUCUUGGGCGCUUCCUUUCUGUGCUUCCAGUUGAUCCAAAGCUGGGGAAGAUGCUUGUCAUGGGUGCUAUCUUUCAUUGUCUUGAUCCAAUUCUUACAGUUGUGUCUGGCUUAAGUGUUCGAGAUCCUUUUCUCUUACCCCAAGAUAAGAAGGAUUUAGCAGGAACAGCAAAAUCAAGAUUUUCUGCGAAAGACUAUAGUGAUCAUAUGGCUCUUGUUCGUGCGUUUGAGGGCUGGAAAGAUGCAGAGAGAGAAGGCUCUGCUUAUGAGUACUGCUGGAGAAAUUUCCUUUCAGCGCAAACUCUUCAGGCCAUUAAUUCUCUCAGGAAGCAAUUUCACUUUAUCUUGAAAGAUGCUGGCUUAUUAAAUGCUGACAUGGCCAUUAAUAAUAGUUUGAGCUGCAAUCAGUCAUUGGUCCGUGCAAUUAUCUGUUCUGGUCUCUUUCCUGGGAUAACAUCUGUUGUGCACAGGGAGAAAUCAAUGUCGUUCAAGACAAUGGAUGAUGGCCAAGUGCUACUAUAUGCAAACUCUGUGAAUGCACGGUACCAGACUAUUCCAUACCCAUGGCUUGUCUUUGGUGAGAAAGUUAAGGUCAAUACAGUCUUUAUUCGUGAUUCAACUGGUGUGUCUGAUUCCAUAUUGAUCCUUUUCGGUGGGUCACUUUGUAAAGGAGAGAUGGCUGGACACUUGAAGAUGUUGGAUGGCUAUCUUGACUUUUUCAUGGAUCCUGGUUUAGCAGAAUGCUUUUGGAACUUGAGGAUAGAGCUCGAUAGACUUCUCCAGAGGAAGCUUGAAGAACCCAGCUUCGAUAUCCACAAAGAAGGGAAAUACCUGAUGCUGGCCAUGCAAGAGCUAGUUGCCGGAGACCUAUGUGAAGGGAGGUUUGUAUUUGGCCGGGAAACAAAACGUGGCAGGACUAGCAGCACCAAUGAGAAUGACAACAAGCACAAGUUCCUGAAGGAUGGGAUGAACCCCAAGAGCCUGCUGCAGACUCUGCUGAUGAGGGCCGGACACACCCCUCCGAAGUACAAGACAAAGCACCUGAAGACCAAUGAGUUCAGGGCAAUAGUUGAAUUUAAAGGGAUGCAGUUUGUGGGGAAGCCGAAGAAAAACAAACAACUUGCAGAGAGGGAUGCUGCCAUUGAGGCAUUAGCAUGGUUAACACACACAUCUGAUAACAGCCACCAGAAUGAGGAUGAUGAUUCCCCUCUUGACAUCACUGAUAACAUGUUGAAACUUCUUAACAAGAGGAGGUCAAGGAGGCGCACAUGAUUGAUUUUGAUUUUGAUUUUGAUUUUGAAUAGAUGCUUUGCAUGUUCAAGGGCUGAAUCACGGAUUAGUAUGCGACUUGACAUGCAAGACAGUGGACUGCACCAGCUACUUUGCUUUGAUUUGCUGCUAGCCAUUC